AUGAGCAUUACUGAGAUCCCCAAGCAUUACACAGCGUCCCCAUCAUCUCAUGUUGGAACCCCGCAUUUGACUAUCAAUAAGGAGGCUACAAUCGAUCUCGAUUCCAGCAAUGCCUUUGAAGGACCCGAGAAGCUCCUAGAAGUAUGGUUCAGUGCCUCAGCCACUGACCUUCCGGGGAAGGCGGGUCCGUACGGUCUCAAAGCCGUGUCCGCUGAGACUUGGAAGGAAAUGUUGGACCUCGUUAAUUGUAAAGUUUUGUCUACCAUUGAGUCCGAGCAUGUCGAUGCCUAUCUACUGUCUGAAUCCAGCAUGUUCGUCUUCCCCCACAAAGUCGUUCUCAAGACUUGUGGCACCACGACUCUGCUUUGGGGCCUCCCACGCUUGUUGGAGAUUGCUGCUCUUAACGCGGGGUUUCCCCAUGUAGUUGCUCAGCCUACUCGCGGCAUUGCCGCUGCAGCUACCCCGUAUCGCGUCUUCUACAGCAGGAAAAAUUUCAUCUUCCCUGAUCAGCAGCGUGGACCCCACCGUAGCUGGCGUGAUGAAGUCCGCUACCUUGACCAGCGGUUUCAGGGUGGCAGCGCCUACAUGAUUGGCAAGAUGAACGGAGAGCACUGGUACCUGUACAUCACUGGCCCGGACAUGCGUAUGACUCCCCCUCCCAGCCCGGACAGAGAGUUUCUUGAUAUCCCGGAGACUGAAACCAAAUUUAUGAGCCAUCCUCAGCGAUUACUCCCCGAGCAAUCGACAGAUGAGGAUGAAGAUGAGACUUUAGAAAUCCUUAUGACUGACCUCGAUGAGAAGAAUGCCCGUCAAUUCUAUCUCGAGGACGCGAGUGCGGUCGCGGAAGGUCGGUUUUUCCAAAAGGCUCAUCUGGCUCGCAAGAAUGCUAUCAAUCAACUCGGUUCCAUCCCCGAGGAGAAGUGUGAAAGCCUUGGAGGCUCCACUGUCCUCAACAACCAUACCCACUCUGAAUCCAGUUUCGAUGUCUUCGAGCAGACCUCAUCUGAUCACUCCGGCUUCAGCUCUGAUGACGACGACCUCACUUUUCCAGAGGAAUUGACUACCGAAGGUCAUUCUCUUGGCAGGGUUGUCUCGGAGACUUGCGGCCUGGCUGAUGUCUAUCCCACCUCCAAGUACCCCGAUGCUCGUGUCGAUGCCUACCUCUUCACCCCAUGCGGCUUCUCCGCCAAUGGCGUCGUCCCCGCUCCUGGUGGCGCCCCCAACGGCUCCAAGAAAGGUUCCGAUGCAACGCACUACUUUACCGUCCACGUCACCCCGGAGCCACAAUGCUCCUACGCCUCCUUCGAAACCAACGUCCCCGCCCGGCAAACUGGUCGCGAGACUGCCGAGGUCGUCGAGCAUGUCGUCACUAUUUUCAAACCUGGUCGCUUCAGCGUGACGAUAUUUGAAGCUAAACCCACUGGCGAAGAAGGCUUUGGCAUGGCGGUCAAGAAGAGCGCCAGGAUGGAGAGUAUUGAGGGGUAUAAGAGGGUCGAUCGCAUUGUGCAUGAUUUGGAUGGGUAUGAUCUCGUUUUUAGGUACUAUGAGCGGGAUGAUUGGAAGGGUGGAAAGCCGAGGUUGGGAGAGGUGAGGUAUUAG